AUGAAAAUACCAAACUUAAAAUCAUCUGGUAAAGUUUUAGAUAAUGUGGCCAAAGAAGUCUCAGAGACAUCUCAACGUUGGAUGAAUAAUUCUGGAGAAAUCAGAAUUGGACACAAGUCCAAUUUUCAUGUGAAAUCUCUACUGAUUGCCGGUAAAGUGGAAAUAUGUCUUAUAGAGGUCUCACAUGCUUAUGUGCAAUUACUGAGGAAACUUACUAGAAGGAGGGUUGGGGACGUAAAAGAAAUAGAAGAAGAUCUUAACAGGAUGUCAGUUUUUGAUAUCCAAGUUGUUGGUAGAACCAUGGCAUGUUGGGUUAUGACUAUGCCAUUUGGAGCCUUUUACUUUGUUCAACAUCUUGAUUUAGUGCAAAUUCCUAUGAAUUGA